GGAGCAUGAACUGAAGAGUAAACAUGUAUGGAAAUUAUUCUCACUUCAUGAAGUUUCCUGCAAGCUUUGGCGGUGCCCCUGGCCACACUGGCUCCAUGUCUAUGAGCCCAUCGGCAGCCUUGUCCACAGGGAAGCCAAUGGACAGCCACCCCGGCUACACAGACACCCCAGUGAGUGCCCCACGGACUCUGAGUGCAGUGGGGACCCCCCUCAAUGCCCUGGGUUCUCCGUAUCGUGUCAUCACUUCUGCCGUGGGCCCACCCUCAGGAGCGCUGGCAGCCCCUCCAGGAAUCAAUUUGGUUGCCCCACCCAGCUCUCAGCUAAAUGUGGUCAACAGUGUCAGCAAUUCAGAGGACAUCAAGCCCUUACCAGGGCUUCCUGGGAUUGGAAACAUGAACUACCCAUCCGCCAGCCCUGGAUCUCUGGUUAAGCACAUCUGUGCCAUCUGUGGGGACAGAUCCUCAGGAAAGCACUACGGGGUGUAUAGUUGUGAAGGCUGCAAAGGGUUCUUCAAGAGAACCAUAAGGAAAGACCUCAUCUACACAUGUCGGGAUAAUAAAGACUGCCUCAUUGACAAGCGUCAGCGCAACCGCUGCCAGUACUGUCGCUAUCAGAAGUGCCUUGUCAUGGGCAUGAAGAGGGAAGCUGUGCAAGAAGAAAGGCAGAGGAGCCGGGAGCGAGCCGAGAGCGAGGCAGAAAGUGCCAGCAGUGGCCAUGAAGACAUGCCCGUGGAGAGGAUUCUAGAAGCUGAACUUGCUGUUGAACCAAAGACGGAAUCCUAUGGUGACAUGAACAUGGAGAACUCGGUAUGUGCUCUUAACUCUCCAUCCAUCUUCCAUUUCUUGGGUGGUGCUGGAGACUGGGGAGAGGGACCUGCCUCUCACAGUACUUUGUUCGUUCUUCAGACGAAUGACCCUGUCACCAACAUAUGCCAUGCUGCAGAUAAGCAGCUUUUCACCCUUGUUGAAUGGGCCAAGCGUAUCCCCCACUUCUCUGACCUCACGUUGGAGGACCAGGUCAUUCUGCUGCGGGCAGGGUGGAAUGAACUGCUGAUUGCCUCUUUCUCCCACCGCUCAGUUUCUGUGCAGGAUGGCAUUCUUCUGGCCACGGGUUUACAUGUGCACCGCAGCAGUGCCCAUAGUGCUGGGGUUGGCUCCAUCUUUGACAGAGUUCUAACUGAGCUGGUUUCCAAAAUGAAAGACAUGCAGAUGGAUAAGUCGGAGCUGGGGUGCCUGCGAGCCAUUGUGCUGUUUAACCCAGAUGCCAAGGGCCUGUCCAACCCUUCUGAGGUGGAGACUCUGCGAGAGAAGGUUUAUGCCACACUCGAGGCCUACACCAAGCAGAAGUAUCCGGAACAACCAGGCAGGUUUGCCAAGCUGCUGCUGCGCCUCCCAGCUCUGCGCUCCAUCGGCUUGAAAUGCCUGGAGCACCUCUUCUUUUUCAAGCUCAUCGGAGACACGCCCAUUGACACCUUCCUCAUGGAGAUGUUGGAGACCCCACUGCAGAUCACCUGAGCCCCACCAGCCACAGACUCCCCACCCAGAACUACCCCUGGACAGCUGUGUAUGGCCCCCACCCUGCACAUCUCCCUCCACCUCCCACCCUGAUCCCCUCCCUGCUCCCGAAAUGUGAUGCUUAUAAUAAAGGAAACCUUU